AUGUCGUACCCAUUAGUUUGUUUAGGUAAUCCAUUAUUGGAUUUACAAGUUGACGUUGAACCAGAAUACUUAAGUAAGUAUGGUUUAAAGGAAAACGAUGCUAUUUUAGCCGAAGAAAAGCACUUCCCAAUUUAUGAGGAAGUUUUGAAGAAGUCUGGAUUAAAGACCGUUGCUGGUGGUGCUGCCCAAAACACUGCUAGAGGUGCUCAAUACAUCUUACCACCAAAGUCCGUUGUUUACUUUGGAUCUGUUGGUAAGGAUGUCUACGCUGACAAGUUGAAUGAGGCCAACGAACAAUAUGGCUUAAGAACCGAGUACCAAAUUCAAGAAGAAAUUGCUACCGGUAAGUGUGCAGCUUUGAUCAAUGGUCCACACAGAUCAUUGGUUACUGACUUGGCUGCUGCUAACCACUUCAAGGUUGACCACUUGGAAAAGCCAGAAAACUGGGCUAUUGUUGAAAAUGCUAAAUAUUACUACAUUGGUGGUUUCCACUUGACUGUCUCUCCACCAGCUAUUGAAAAAUUAGGUAAACAUGCUGCUGAAAACAACAAGGUCUUUGCCUUGAACUUCUCUGCUCCAUUCAUUCCACAGUUUUUCAAGGAUCCAUUGGCCUCAUCGCUCCCAUACGUUGAUUUCGUCAUUGCUAACGAAUCGGAAGCUGCUGCUUACGCUGAAACCCAAGGUUUAUCUGUCGAUUCAAAGGAUGUUGUUGCCAUUGCUAAGGAAGUUGCUAAGUUACCAAAGGCUAACAACAAGAGACAAAGAACUGUUGUUUUCACCCAAGGUACCGACCCAACGGUCACUGUUACUUACAACGAAUCCACCAAAGAGUUUGACGUCAAGGAAUACGCCGUUAGAAAGUUAGAAGAAAACAAAAUCACUGAUACUAAUGGUGCUGGUGACGCUUUUGCUGCUGGUUUCAUUGCUGCUCUUGUUGAAGGUAAAGAUAUUGCUCAAGCUGUUCAUGAAGGUCAAUGGGCUGCAUCUUUAUCUAUCCAAGAAGUUGGUCCAUCUUUCCCAUUCCCUAAGCAAACCUACACUGCCUAG